AUGGAGAAUACAGAUGAAAUAGAUUUUACAGAUUAUAUAGAUGAGGAUACAGAUAAAAUUGAAAACAUAAAUAUAAUAAAAAAUAUGAAAAGUUCUAAAUAUGUAGAAAAUAUUGUUGAUAGUACAGAUAUAAAAAAUGUAGUUAUCAGUACUAGUAAAUCUUAUCAUAAACAGGUUGCAGAAGAGCUUAAAAAUCUUACUACUAAAGUUGCACCUACCAUGAACACUUGGAUAUUAAGUGCAAAUCAAGCAUAUAUAGCUAUAACUAUAUAUUAUAUUGAUGACAAAUAG